AUUUGACGGUGUGUUGAAUCAGAAGAAAAUUCCUCGGUUCAGAGUCGGUUCCCUAUCAGCUUACUUACUUGCUAUAAUAGAGAGUGGCAGUUUUGUGUGCAUUAUAGAACGUCUGUAAGUUGAAGACACGGAAAUCCAUCGUUUCCACCACGACUCCGGAGCUCAGUCGGCUCUCAAUCGAUUCUGGAAGAACUUACCUGGCGUGAACACCAACCACAACCAAACACCAACAAACAACCCAGCUCUGCUGCGUGCGCAAAUACCGAGCUGCGAUCGGUUCCGGGGGUUUCGGACCAGCAUCCACAAACCAAAACCAGUACAGUAUUUGCAGAAAGUGAUAUCCAUCCCUAGUACGCGUUCUUAGUUAUUUUGGAAACACCAAAAGAAGAGCUGAGGCGGCACGGUGUCGUCGUGCUGAAGAAACAAACGGCGAAUCCCACUGUCACAGGUGGCGAUCGUGAUCAGUGGUUGUUGUGCGUGUGCUUGUGUGAUCAGCGAAAAGAAUAAAUAUCAGUCGAAAAAAAAGUGAGUACCGAAAAGCACUGCUUUUCCAUUGUGCAAGUACAAAGCUAAUCCGAAGCCGAAGAAUUCUCACCGUUCGUGGCCAUUGUUGUGCUCAUUCUGUUUCUGUGUGUAAUUUACGUGUUUGCCGGUGCCCCAAACCUUGGUGCACUGCAAUCCAACAAGAGAAGAAAUUUGAGUGAUCCUACUACGUGCUAUCUCUGUUUCCUUCCGGAAUCUCGUGUGUUUCGUAACGAUUUAGGUGGCCAAGUUGAUCGCUUUUCCGCGGGUGUGUCGAUACACUUAGGCUAGGCAGAAGAGGAAGAGAGAGAGAGAGAGAGAGAGAGGAGUGUGGGAAAGAAGAGAGAGGUCAUACAGUUUCCGGUGUAUCCUCCGGCGUCAUCAUGAAUGUGAUGAACAAUAGCAGCGGCGACGAGGAGCAGGUCGAGUGCCCACUGUGCAUGGAACCACUAGAAGUGGAUGAUCUCAACUUCUAUCCGUGUACAUGUGGUUAUCAGAUCUGCCGGUUCUGCUGGCACAGGAUCCGCACCGACGAGAACGAGCUGUGCCCCGCGUGUCGGAAGGCGUACCCGGAAAACCCGGCAGACUUCACGCCCCUGUCGCAGGAGCAGAUUGCAGCAUUCAAGGCGGAGAAGCGACAGCGGGACCAGCAGCGGAAGGCGAAAAUCUCCGAAAACCGGAAACAUUUAGCCAACGUGCGGGUGGUGCAGAAGAACCUGGUAUUCGUCGUCGGACUGCCGCCGAGAUUGGCAGAUCCCGAAAUUCUUAAAAAGCAUGAAUACUUCGGCAAAUACGGCAAGAUUCAUAAAGUUGUCAUAAAUCCUAGUACAACGUACGCAGGAGGCCCUUCGGCGUCGGCGUACGUGACGUACAUUAACAACAACGACGCUCUGAAGGCAAUCCAGAGCGUCAACAACAUUAUGCUCGAUAAUCGGCUAAUAAAGACCAGUUUAGGCACCACCAAGUACUGUAGUCAUUUUAUGAAAAACCAAACGUGUCCGAAGCCGGAUUGCAUGUACUUGCACGAACUGGGCGACCAGGAGGCUAGCUUUACGAAGGAGGAAAUGCACCAAGGGAAGCAUCAGGAGUACGAGAAACGGCUCCAUGACACGAUGAUUGCUAGUGUGGGAAGCUCGGCCGGAGGAACGACGGCACCGUCGGUGAAUGGUACUAACGGCGUUGGCGUGGCCGUCAUCGGUAGCAGCAACAGUACCAGUGGUGGUGCCGGCAAUGGCAACAUUAGUAGUAGCAACGGCAGCAGCAGCGCCGGUGUCGGCAUCAACGGCACCGGCGGAAUCGGAACCGGAACCGGCACCACCACAAACGGUAUUAUUGCGAACGGUACAAGCGGCAGUGGUAAAACAGGUGAUUCUAAACAUAUUAGCGACAUAACCAAUGGACCUAUACAAAACAAAGAAGCGUGGCCAAGCUUAUCCACUUCGCCGAUCAACGGUAGCACGCAUGGCAAUGGAGGCGGCGGUAGCAAUAAGGAGAAUAAGAUUAACGGUAAAACAGUCGGUGGCAGCAACAAGGAGAAUGCAACUCGCAGCGAUCGAAAGCAUGAGAAAACCCGAUCGAAAGGUGGCCGGAAGCACCGGAACAGUCGGGAUACGGAGCGCGACCAUCACAGCAGCAAAGAGCACACCAGUAGCAAAGAUAGUCACAGUAAACAGAAUUCCAACCGCAGUAGCAGCAAAGAUAGUACAAUUCCGGUGACUAGCAGAGCCAACAGCGUUGCCAGCAGCAGAACGGUGAGCAAUUCGUCUAGUACUACCAGUACCGCCAGUACAACGGUUAUCGGCAGCAGCAAUGGCAAGGGGUCCGCCGCUGUUGUCGUUGCCGGUCUAGCCAAUGGGGAAGACCUGGGUAAGGAGGUUCAGAACAAUAGCAAACAUCUCAAACAGAUCAUCGUCAAUGGGUGUGUUAGCACAAAUGGUAUAACCACUAACGGAGGCAAGUCUGCCAGCGUACAGCACCUGGACGAUCUGGAUGACGAUGACGACGAGCUGGACUUUGAGGAUUUGGACAAUGAUGCACUGUCGUCGGACAACGAUGGCAAAACGGAUACACCUUCGUUGAGCAGCAGCGGUUCGUCGCAUGCCGGCGGCGACAGUGGUAGCACACUGAGUGAAACGCCCAGCGGUAAGAGCUCGCCUAGUGCAUUCCCCGAUCCACUAACUGCGGUGAACAAUGUGAUAACGACUGGAAGCCCUACGGCGGCCAGUACAACCAGUAACUUAUCCGUAGAGGAAAGCGCCAUCACGACAGCUCCCAGCAGCAUCCAGGCCAUCACCAAUGGUAUUAGUAGUAGUAGUAUCAAUUUUACCACCUUUUCCUCCUCUCCCCUAUCGUCGUCCGGGGCCGUUUCCAGCUCUGACGACAAGAGUGGCAGCAGUACAGAUCCGGUGAUAUCGUGUUCGUCAUCGUCGUCACUGUUUGGCAGUGCGGAAGAUGGAGUCAAUUUGACCACCACAACCGUUACGACUUCGACGGCCAGCAAACAGCAGUCGCCGCCAAAUGGUCUCAACAAGACCAACAGUCUCAUUGACAACGCCACAUCGCGAUUCUCCAAAUUGGGCAUUUUCGAUGACAACAGCAGUUUCUUCUCUCACAGCACGCUCGAUCCGUACAGUUACAACAAACUGGAUAGUGUUGUGGGUGGUAAUCUGGAUAGUAACCAGCCCACUGGUCUCACAUCCUCCCAGCUGCCGGAUCUCCUCAGCGGUACCAACGAUACCAACGAGCAGCACACAAAAGAGAUCCUCAAGAAUCUGGGCAACAUUCAGCAACAGCAGCAGCAACAACAGCAGCAUCAUCUGCUGAACAAUCUGCACCUGCAGCAACAGCUGAGUGGGCUCGGUCUUGGAAACGGUAGUGUCGAGAGCCUCGCAGGUCUUGGCACUGGCAAUACCGAUGAUUGGGAGGCCGCCUUUAGCAAAUAUAUGAUGCGCAACAAACUGGACGUUGAGCAUCAAGAGGAGCUCUUACGCAUGCAGGAACUGCAGAAGCGUAACCUCAUCAACAGUGGACUGAAUGGGACGCAAUUCAAUGGCUUUAAUGGAGAUUACUCAGAUUACUUUCACAACACAAACGAACUUAAUAGUAGGUUACUGAGUCAGCAGCAGCAGCAACAACACCAACAGCAGACUCAUCAGCGUUUACAGCAGCAACAGCAGCAACACUCCGACAUCAAUCACAUCUACGCGGGUAACAUGUCAAAGUUCUUCGACUUUCACAAGAACCAACAACAGCAGGCAGCACAACAGCAAACUCCACCCUUUUUACUCAACGGACACUCGUCGGUGCCUGCAGCGGAUCCGAUGAACAUUGCCAACCUGCUCGAGAACAGCCGGUUAAACUCGCACUUCCUAGAACAACACUCGAAUGGUUUGCUAGGUUCCCAGCAGCUACAGAAGCAGCGAAUGCUUAAUGGUCAGCUGAAUGCUCACAAUAUCCUGUUGAACGGGGCUAAUCCACAGCAGCAGCAGCCGCAAUCGCAGUCGCAGCCACCAAACAAUAGGCUUCACAAUUCACAACAGCAGCAGCAACAACAACAACCACAACAACCGCAACCGCAACCACAACAGCAGUAUCCACAGCAAACACCAGUCGUAGACGACGAUUUAGGCAACAUUUUAGGCUUUGAUCCCUUCUUCGAGACCCAGAAAGCACUGGCCGAGCUGAUCAACGACGAGAUCAACCAGCAGCAGAUCACACAGAGUGCGGCAGCGGCCGCGGCAGCAGCAGCAGCAGCCGCCAACCACAGCAAACUGAUGGAGAACGUGCAGCGGACUCGGAUGCCACCGCCUGGCUUCAAUCACAUGAACGCUUUCGGCUUCGGUGUUCCGAGAGCGCAAGUUUCAGGCAGUAAAAUCCUUCCGUUCAUGAACCUAGGGAACAACGCACCGCAGCAGCCACCACAGCAGAGUAACUGGGGUCAGCAGCUACAGCAGCAACAACAGCAGCAGCAACAACAACAACAGCAGCUGCCAUUUUUGGGAUUCCAGCCGAAUGAUCAGACUCAUUUGACUCCACCCCAACAGCAAAACGGACACAGCAAACCUAGUUACGGCAACAACUUCACCGAUUGGACCUCGUUCGAUCCGGCCAUCGUCUCGUUUCGUCAAUUUUCGUUUAUGAACGGACCAGCCAACCAGCCCGGGGAUAUCUUUCUAUCAGCGCAACAACAACAGCAGCAACAGAACCAACUGAAUCAACCGAACCUUCAACAACCAGGACAAGGAUUCGGACACCAUGGCAUUAACUUGCCGUCAAGUCUGAUGAAUCAACAACAACAACAACAACAACAACCGCAGCAGCAGCAACAGCCGGGAAAUCCGCAAGCACAGGUCAACUUCUCGCACGCCGCCUCCAGCUGGCUCAACAACGAACAGAGCGCUUACAUGAACAGCCUCACCAACGGAUUCGGUGGAUCGAACCAGUUCGACAAGUUCACCAUCCCGAUGCCACCCGGUUUCCAGGCGGCAGCAGCAGCAGCAGCGGCCGCAGUCAACAAACAGAAAGCCGAAUGCAUCAACUAAAUGAAUCACCAUCAC